AUGCUGGCUGCAGCUGUUCAAUUGUUUGACGUUCCUCCAAAGGUAUCGUCCGCUAGCCAUGUCAAUGAAUACCCAGAACCCGUUUUUCAUCAUCUGCAGCUUCAGACAAAAGUCGCCGUUUUCCAGGCGAGAUACCCAGCCAAUGCUGCCGAGAAGAAAACCAAUAUAAAUCUCAAAGGGCACAUUUCUAGGACAACUAAGAAGGAUCACAGUUUUAUCUUUGCGAAACGCGUUGCCUCCCCCGAACGACCACCACCGAUAGCUCCGAGAGACGAGAAACAACCGUCCUCUCCACCACAACAAUCAGCUUCUGCAGUCCGAGGACCACUGUCACCAAUAUGCAAGAAGACAGAGAACACGAAGCCCCAACCUCCGUCAACAGCCGGACACGGCUAUAAGCCCAAGCACCACGCCCCACUCACGAAACCAGCGACCCACACCACCACCGCCAUGGCAUCCACGCAAAAGGAUGAGACCACUCGACAUCAGUGA